AAGACUCAGUAAUGACCCGUGUGGUCUGUGAGCUGAGACGGCAGUGUGGGAAGUUGACCUGCAGGACUAUCCCACUUUUGGUGUUGCUCAAUAACAAACACUGGUUAUGGCACUAGGUACAGCUUUAAAAGAGAGAGGCACUGUCACACCACUGUUGACUCUGGCUUCAUCCAAGGUGAGAGUUUAGCUUUUUAAACGACUCUGAGUCUGAACUGUGAGUUUGUUUUUGGAGGUAAACGCGGAUACAUACCGGUGCAGACGCAGACGCAGACGCAGCCGCAGCCUCCGAACUGCAGCUGGUUGUCAAAAUAUUUCUCCCUUUUGGAUAUUUAUAGUUUAUAAUCUGGCAGUGCAGCUAGGGCAAUCGCAAACGGACGACAAUGUGCUCGGUAAUAAGCAGGGUGAGACCGGUUCAACGGGCUCUGGCUCUCACGCGUCGCCUGAGGACAAGCACCGAGGGUUCGAGUUCCGCUGCAGCCGAGAGAAGGCGCUUCUGUCCCGGCGUCAGUAAUGGCAUUCACCCGCUGCGAGCACCGAGCAGGUCGUACUGCUCCAGGAUGGCGCUCACCCAAGGACUGCUCUUCAGACAGCUGUUCGAGUCGGAGAGCAGCACCUACACCUACCUGCUCGCAGACACGGAGACCAAGGAGGCGAUCCUCAUCGAUCCUGUGCUGGAGACCAUUGACAGGGACCUGAAGCUCAUACAUGAACUGGGGCUCAAUCUGAAAGUGGCAGUAAACACCCACUGCCAUGCGGACCACAUCACAAGCACUGGGCUGAUGAAGAAAAGAUUGGUUGGGCUGAAGAGUGCAAUCUCCAAACGCAGCGGUGCCUCUGCAGACAUCCACCUGUCAGAGGGAGACAAGAUCGCCUUCGGAAAACACUAUCUGACAGUGAGAGAAACACCGGGACACACUGAUGGGUGUGUGACGCUGGUGUCAGGGGACCAGAGCAUGGCUUUCACUGGGGACGCUCUACUCAUCAGGGGCUGUGGCCGGACAGACUUCCAGCAGGGUAGCGCUAAGAGGCUCUAUGAGUCAAUCCAUCAGAAGAUCUUUACUCUGCCUGACGACUGCCUCGUGUACCCAGCACACGACUACAGAGGUCAGAUGGCGUCUACAGUCGGUGAGGAGCGCAAGUUUAACCCACGCUUGACCAAAGGCCUGGAGCACUUUGUGGACAUCAUGAACAAUCUGAACCUCCCGAAGCCUGGGAAAAUAGAUAUUUCAGUGCCUGCUAAUCUGGUUUGUGGAGUACACGAAGUCUGAACGUCCUGCAAAAGGGAGGAAUUGAAUCAAAUCAACUACAAAGUAGCAAAGUGAUUAACAUUUACAUGUUUGUAUCUGAGCAGGAUUCACCAAAAACUGCUUACCAUGAUGUGCUUUAUUACUUGUAUUUAUGCAGAUGUGUAUUUUAAUAGCUGUGUUGUCAUUUGCAGCUACUGACAUCAAUGUGAUUAUGCUUAAAAUAGAAAUCCAAUCAGUUCUAUGAUUAGAAAUGAGUGCUAAAGAUCUGUACAUGAUGAAAAACCACUAAAAUAAUUGUUUUUCUGUGUUUUUAUUGAAUGUAAAUGUGGGAAUUCUUGACUUUUUAUUCAGCUGCUUUUUGAAUUGAGGACAUUUACGAGUAGGGCUUAGAUUGGAAUGUUUCCUGGUUCAGUAUUGAUAAAUGUUUAACUGGGAAAAUUGAGUUCUUCCACAUGGAGCCCGAGUUUAGCAGCUCACCAGCCAGUAAUACAGGUUCGUUUGGUAGUGUCGGCCUCUGACCCGGCUUCAUGCCUCUCCCAGAGAAACUUGCUCAGGUGAUAGUUUGCUGUAUGAUUGUGUUGGACUGAUUAUGAGCUUUUAAGAGUCAGCAUCAAAAUGUUUCUGAACCGGUUUUAAAGAUAUACAUUUCUGUAACAUUUCUGCAUUGAAAUGUCUAAACACCCUAGACCUAUGUUAUAUGUUUUGUUGAGUUGUGUGCUUACAUUAUCCCAGAUGUUUUCAAUGUUCAAACUUAGAGAAAUACUUAAUUUUAUUCCAGUAAUGGUGAAUAUGUGAAUAAAACUUUUUUUUAAUAUUCGCUUUUCUGUGA